ACGAUUCGGAGACGUUCGUGAAUGCAGUUAUGUUACGUUAACACAGUUUUGUUACAACGGUUGUUUCAAAGUAUGGAGGGUAUUUUUGAUAGAGAUUACGAUUAUGUAGGAUACGAUGACGAUUCAGGAUCAGAAAACGCUGACAGCUCUGAGGAUGAGAUUGAUAUCCUGCUGCAGGGAACUCCGGAAAGAAAACUGAAGUUGUCAAGACGACGAGCUUCAUCUGGAGAAAAUCGCCCAAAUGAGAACACUUCCAGUGAAGAUGACUUUGAAAAGGAGAUGAACAAGGAAUUGGAUGAUCAAGUGGCAGAGUUGGAAGCUCAAAGAAAAGCUCAAGCUUCAUCCCAGAGUACAUCUGCUAAUAUGGCAAACAAGAAACAAGAGGGAGAUAACUCCAGAGGAACUGAAAACCAGGCUAACUAUGAUGAGGUGUACUUUGAUUCUGAUGAAGAGGAAAUGGUUGAAGGAGAGAAGAGAAGAAAAAAGAGGCCAGUGUUGUCUAACGAUGAGCUGCUGUAUGACCCCAACAUGGACGAUGAUGACCAGAGGUGGAUGGACAACAGAAGGAAGCAAUACCAACCCUCAUCACAACAGACUGGCGUUAGCACUCAGAAGCGCUCCAAGAAGGGCUUACCAAGCAGUGAUGCUGUGUUGGACUGUCCAGCCUGUAUGACCACACUCUGUUUGGAUUGUCAGAGGCAUGAUGUGUAUACCCACCAGUACAGAGCAAUGUUUGUGUCUCACUGCUCAGUGGAUUUACAAGAAGUGCUCAAAUACCCCAAGGAAACAUCAAGGAAAAAGCAGAAGAAGAAAACAAGGUUUACAGCUAGUGAUGGAUCCGCAGAGGGUCUCGGCACAGACAGUACUGCCGAGUUUGAUGUGUACCAUCCAGUCAGAUGUACAGAAUGUAACACUCUUGUGGCAAUGUACGACCAGGAGGAAAUUUAUCACUUCUUUAAUGUGCUGUCGAGUUACUGAACUUCUGAUUGAAAGAGUUUGCUGGCUUCAGACUUUUUCCA